UAAAAUCCAUUUAGCAUCAGAGAAUGCUUUUUCCAUAAUCAUUUUAACACGUUCUGGAUCGGGCUCAACGGUGUGUUGUUUAAAACUCUACAGAAUAAUGUAAAUUCGAAGAAUAUUAUCAAGAAUUAAUAUGAAAUAUAUUUUGCCAGUGAAUAACGCACUAAUCAAGCUGGUAAAAUUAUAUGUAAAAUAUCUGGUCUUAUUAUAUUUAUUAUUUUUAGUCAUUGGAAAUGAAAUACUCAAGGCACGCGUGAAGGAUACAAAUUCUUAUUAUGCUUGCGAUUUAUUAUAUAAAUGUGGUGUUAAGGUACAAAAAAUAUCAGUUAUAAGCGAUGAUGUAGAAGAAAUAAAGCAAGAAAUAAAGAGGUUCUCUAAAAAAUAUACUCAUGUUAUUACGUCAGGUGGUAUAGGACCAACUCACGAUGAUGUUACAUAUGAAGGUCUUGCGAAAGCUUUUGAUGAUUCGUUGCAUUAUCAUUCAAAACUUGUAGAGAUUAUAAAAGAUAAAUUUGGUGUAAAAAAUCCAACAUCACCUAAUUAUAAAAUGGCUUACAUACCAACAAAAGCUUCUUUAAUAUUUGGGAAAGGAGACAGUCUAAGGUAUCCAUGUGUAACAUUAAAGAACGUAUAUAUAUUUCCUGGAUCACCACUAUUCUUUGAAAAAUCUUUUGGAAUUUUAUGCAAGCAAUUGUUUUUAACAAAUAAGUAUUUUGCAAAGGAUGAGAUAUAUUUAAAUGCGAAAGAAGAAUUAUUUGCAAAUACCUUAACAAUUCUUUCAAACAAAUUUCCAAAUGUUUCAUUUGGUUCCUAUCCUGUAAGCAAUAAUAGCUACUACAAAGCAUUCAUUACCAUAGAAAGUGACAACAUCGAAGAAACGAAAAAAGCAAAACAACAACUUUGCGAUCUUAUAGGACCAGAUAUCUUGGUGACAAAUAAUAAUGAUCCACAUAUUAAUAGCCUUACAAAAUAUAACAACUUUCUUAAUAAAUGUCAACAAUCGUUUAUAUACGAAGAAACUUUGGAAACAUUAAUGAAAAUUUAUCAUCAUCAAUCUGAGAAAAUAAUAAUUUAUUUUGAUGGUAGUGUAGAGUCGCAGAUACUUAUACAUUUUGCUUACUUGGCUAACACAAUAUUAGGUGUAAAUGAAAAACUACAAAUUAUUUGUUUAAAAUUGUCUCCAUUUUUUAGAAAUGACAAACGAUUAAUCAAAGAUAUUGUAAAAAGAUAUAAUCUAAAUAUCUACAUGUUAGAAAGCGAUGUUUCCGAUGAUAUAAAGAAAUUAAGGUCGGUAAAACCGCAAUUAGAAAUCUUAUUAGUCGGAACGGAGGGAAAGAAAUUUUGUGAAACAUUGGAAUGUCAAUCAAGAAAUGAUGAGAUUAUUGGGGAAUUAAAAAUAAACAAUCCGCUACGUAAAUGGACGCAAGAAGAUAUACGGAUAUUCGCUAAAUUUUUAUUAUUGCCCUUUGCAUGAUUUCACAAACUUUUCGAGAUGAAACACACGUUUUACAGAUCUCCCUUACACAUACACUUUUACAGCCUUGUACAUAUUUAUAACCACGAAGGAUGAAAAUAUUUCAUUUACAGUGAAAGUAUUGAUAA